UGUGAACAAGAGAGGCUGUUUCAUACCUUACUGACAAAGGUUUCCUCUCCUGGUACUUGUUUCUGGCAGGUUAUAAUCUUAACUCAACAUGGGAUUUAAUAAUCAGAGCAAUAUGAAAAUAAUCUCCAUCCUUUCCGUGACUGUAACCAUGUCUGUCCUUGUGCUGAAUUAUCCUGGACAAAGGACAAAUUGCCCUCACAAGGAAGGUGAGGUCUUGAAUCACUCACUAAAGCAGGAUGUUGGAGAACUACAGGCUUGUUCUGCUAUUAUCCAAGGAGACCUGGAUGGAGUGGACAAGGAUGUUUUCAGGAAGCUCCUGGCCUCUAAAAAAAGAAAAACUUUGCUAUCAGAGUCAUUCUACCUCAACGCAACCAAGGAUUGUCCAUCCUACCUCCGAGACAGAGGAUUUCUGACGGUUUCUCUCAGUAAAGAGGAGAAAGAUUUCCCCAUUGCUUACUCCAUGGUGAUACAUGAGAAGAUCGAGAUGUUUGAAAGGCUCCUGAGAGCCAUUUACACUCCUCACAAUGUGUACUGUGUUCACGUGGACCAGAAGUCUCCUGAGAUCUUUAAAGAAGCAGUAAGGGCCAUUACGUCCUGCCUGACCAAUGUGUUUGUGGCCAGCAAACUGGAGCAUGUGAUCUACGCCUCUUGGUCUCGAGUUCAAGCGGACAUCAACUGCAUGCAGGAUCUGCUCAAGUCACCUGUCCAGUGGAAGUAUCUGCUCAACACAUGUGGCACUGAUUUCCCCAUUAAAACCAAUGCAGAAAUGGUUCAGUCUCUAAAACUCCUGAAUGGAAAGAACAGUUUGGAGUCUGAGACCGUAGAGGCCAAAAAGGGCCGCUGGCAAUAUCAUCACGACGUUAAGAACGUUGUGACUCGGACAGAUGUUAAAAAGUCGCCUCCACCAAUAAAGACCCCAAUGUUCUCAGGAAAUGCUUACUUUGUGGUUUCAAGAGAGUUUGUGGAGCAUAUCUUCAAAAGCAAAGAGAUUCAAGAUUUCAUGGAAUGGGAGAAAGACACGUACAGUCCAGAUGAGCACAUGUGGGCUACAUUACAGAGGAUGCCUUCAGUUCCAGGAUCUAAUCCUCCAAACAUCAAGUAUGAACAAUCGGACAUGAAUGCAAUUGCUCGUCUGGUGAAGUGGCGCUACCAUGAAGGAGAUCUAAAGAGUGGGGCUCCCUACCCACCAUGCACUGGGAUGCACAGACGGGCAGUGUGUGUCUAUGGAGCUGGGGACUUGAAAUGGAUUGUACAGCAACACCAUCUUUUGGCAAACAAGUUUGACCCAGAAGUAGAUGAUGCAGCAAUCAAAUGUAUGGAAGCCUUUUUAAGGUACAAAGUUAUUUAUGGUCGAUCAUUACUAACAUCGGACAUUGUUUUAUAG